GUCAGGCGCUCUGCGGGCAGCUAAACCCGCUGUGUGUGUGACGUGUAGGACCUCCUCCUCCAACACACAAGCAGCAGUAAUGGCGGACUACGACAACUACGAUGAACGGGACCGGGCCUACGGCAGCUUCGGCGGCGGCAGAGGGCCCCGUGGCGGCAGCGGUCCCGGAGGCCCCAGGAAGCAGAAGGAGCUGCCGACAGAGCCUCCGUUCACGGCGUACGUGGGAAACCUGCCAUUCAACACGGUGCAGGGAGACAUCGACAUCAUCUUCAAAGAGCUCAACAUCCGCAGCGUCCGAUUGGUCAGAGACAAAGAGACAGACAAGUUCAAAGGUUUUUGUUAUGUUGAAUUUGAUGAUUUGGAAUCUCUAAAAGAAGCUUUGACAUACGACGGCGCCUUAUUAGGUGAAAGGUCACUGAGGGUGGACAUCGCAGAGGGACGAAGGCAAGAACGAGGCGGCGGCGGCUUCGGCUUCAGGAAAGACGACGGUAGAGGACGAGGAGGCUCUCGAGGAGCUCCCAGAGGAGGAGGAGGACGCGACACCCGUGAGGACUUCUACGACCAGCCAGGAGGAGGUGCGGUCAGAGAGUUCAGCAGCUCAGGUUUUAGAGAUGAUGACUACAUGGGGGGGCGGGGUCGAGGUGGUGGCAGUCGCCCUAGUGACAGAAGGGGUGGAGGUGCAGGGAUGGGUCGCUACAGAGACGGACCCCCACGCGGAGGAACGACAGACUUCAGGGAACCGUCUGAAGAGGAGCGUGCACAGCGGCCUCGGCUGCAGCUGAAGCCUCGGACCGUCUCUGAGCCGCUCAACCAAGUCGCCAACCCCAACUCCGCCAUCUUCGGUGGAGCGAAGCCGCGAGAGGAGCACUGAGUCAUUUAAAGCCGCCACCACAGAUCCCAACCAGACGGUGGCGCUAACACGCCGCGUUGCCGACAGAACAGAAGAAACCGAAAGCUUUUCUCUUUUUCUUUUUUUUUUUCUUUUUUUUGUGCUGUUUGGUGGUUUCAGUGUGGGUCAGACGCCAGCGUCCACCGAUAAAUUGUUGUAAAGUUGAUUGUGUACAAUAAAGAUGGGGCUUUGGUCUGGAACCUGUAACUUCUGUGUGUUUCUCUGUGGCCCGACAGGAAACUGGCUGUAAACCCGGCCCAGGUGAGAGCUUUCAGGUGUGGGUCUGCAUCGCUUUGACAUCAUGUGUUUUUUGUUUUUCUUGGAGGUAAAAUGCAGAAACGUUUUCUGAAUAAACAGCUGUUAGAACUUCCCUUUCCUUGAGUUUAUGGCAAUAAAACUGUCUUCAUCUUCGUCCUUAUACCAA